AUGGCAGCAGCGGACAUGCUGGCUGUCGUCACCGCCGUCAUACUCAUGCGUAUCAGCUAUUACUUUCCCGGAUCAUACCUGGACAGGUAUCCCACCUGUAACAUUAACUUUUUCCUGAUGUGCGUGGCCAGGGACUGUUCCGUCUGGUUCACCGUCGCAUUCAGCUUCGACCGCUUUGUCCUCAUUUGUUGCCAGAAGCUGAAAACAAAAUACUGCACCUUGAAAACUGCGGCUGCGGUUCUGGCGAUAACCGGCGUCCUGCUGUGUCUGAAAAACGUCCCCUUCUAUUUCUCUUCCGAACCCAAAUUUAUCAUCGAUAAAGUACCGUGGUUCUGUAAACGGAAGCGGGUUUAUUACACCGACCCGCUGUGGGUGGGGUUCAGGAUGUUUGAUAAGGUUGUGACCCCCCUGCUGCCUUUCGCUUUUGUUUUGCUGUUCAAUGUUCUGACGGUCAGACACAUUUUACUGGCCAGUCGUGUGCGGAAGGCCCUGAGGGGUCAGAGCAAAGGGCAGAAUCAAAGUGACCCGGAGAUGGAGAGCAGGAGGAGGUCGAUGAUCUUACUGUUUACUAUAUCUGGCAGCUUUAUCCUUCUGUGGUUAACAACUGUCCUUGACUUCUUAUAUUACAACAUCGCCGGAACAACUCCCAGCCAGUACAACAAUUCCGAGUUCAUCUUUGCACAUGUCGGAUAUAUGCUACAGAACUUCAGUCUGUGCACCAACACUUUCAUUUAUGGGGUGACUCAAUCGAAGUUCAGGCAGGAUUUUGUCAACGCCGUGAAGUAUCCGGUUAACUCCAUCCUCCGAAUUAUUAAGAAAUAA